AUGUCCAAGCCCAGCGACCACAUCAAGCGCCCCAUGAACGCCUUCAUGGUGUGGUCCCGCGGCCAACGGCGCAAGAUGGCCCAGGAGAACCCCAAAAUGCACAACUCGGAGAUUAGCAAGCGGCUGGGCGCGGAGUGGAAGUUGCUCUCCGAGGCGGAGAAGCGCCCGUACAUCGACGAGGCCAAGCGGCUGCGGGCGCAGCACAUGAAGGAGCAUCCCGACUACAAGUACCGGCCCCGGCGCAAGCCCAAGAACCUGCUGAAAAAGGACAGGUAUGUCUUCCCUUUGCCUUACCUCGGGGAAACAGAUCCCUUAAAGGCCGCCGGGCUUCCCGUGGGGGCCACUGACUCGCUGCUGAGCUCCCCGGAGAAGGCCAGGGCUUUCCUGCCUCCCACCUCAGCACCUUACUCCUUACUUGACCCCAGCCAGUUCAGCUCCAGCGCCAUUCAGAAGAUGACUGAGGUUCCUCACACCUUAGCCACCAGCACCCUGCCCUACGCCUCCACCUUGGGAUACCAGAACGGGGCGUUCGGCAGCUUGAGCUGCCCCAGCCAACACACCCACACUCACCCCUCGCCAACUAACCCGGGCUAUGUCGUGCCAUGUAACUGUACCGCUUGGUCGGCCUCCAGUUUGCAACCUCCAGUUGCCUACAUAUUAUUCCCAGGCAUGACCAAGACUGGGAUAGACCCCUAUUCUUCAGCACACGCGACUGCCAUGUAA